UUGGCGUGAAUUUUUAGAAUUCACUUUAUGUUAGUGAAAAAAAUGGAACAAAAUAUAGGAACUCUUGUUUUCUUUUGACAUUUCAUUAACCCUCUUAUAUGCAACUAUGGUGAAAGAUGUCAUUAAAGCCUCGAGUUGUGGAUUUCGAUGUAACUUGGAGCAAGAUUUUGGAGACAAUUAAAGCGGUACUGACAUUGGACAAAAUUCCAAGGCCUGUUUGGAAUGACAGGUUUUCUGAUGUCUAUGCAUUAUGUGUGGCUUUUCCAGAACCUUUAGGAGAAAGAUUAUAUAGUGAAGUAAAAUGCUUCCUAGAAGAACAUGUUAAAAAGCUUUACCAAACUGUCAGUGCUCCGAAUGUUGACAUUCUUAGAGAGUACCAUCACCACUGGACACAGUAUAGUCAGGGGUCAAUGUAUAUGAAUCUUCUGUUUGGCUACCUGAAUCAACAUCUAAAGAAACAAAAGCAGGACUUUGUUGAAAUUUCUCCCUAUACAGUGGUYCCAUUCAAUCAUGAAGCCAUAAAUAUUGGACCUCUUGCUCUUAACAUAUGGAAGUCCAUCAUGAUAGAAACAUUAAAAGAUAAUAUUGUGCAGCAUUUGCUUMCAGAAAUUAAAAAGGACAGAGAUGGAGAGGGGACCAACCAGAAUAUAGUCCAUGAUACCAUUAAAUCAUUUGUUGGUGUCCAAGAGUAUCAGACAAAAGGAACUACAAGUCUUUACGAAAGAGUUUUUGAAAGAGAAAUGUUGAAAGAAACAGGAGAAUAUUACAGGAGAGAAGCAGCUGACCUGAUGGCAGAGAAUGCAUGCUCACUGUAUAUCCAAAAGGUGGACUUGCGAAUACAAGAGGAAGAUUUAAGAGUGAGAAAAUUUCUUCACCCUACAUCUUACAGUAAAGUGAUUCGUGAAUGUGAAGGCAAAAUGGUGGAGGAUUACAUUCCUUAUUUACAAGCUGAAUGUCGGCAAAUGGUCAGAGAGGAGAGAACCACUGAUUUGUCAAGAAUGUACAAAUUAUUGAAGCACAUCCCUACRGGUCUCCGUGUUAUGGUAACYGAAUUAGAGCAACAUGUUACUGAAACAGGACUUGGUAAAAUAAAGUCUGUUAACUUUGAAAGUGGACCAUUUCAAUACGUUGAUGUAAUGCUAGAUAUUCAUAGUAAAUUUACUAGUUUGAUUAACUCUACAUUUCAAGGAGAUUCUGCUUUUCAUGCAGCACUAGAUAAGGCUUGUACCACAGUUAUCAAUUAUAGACAUGACUCCAGGAGACCAUCAAAGUCACCUGAAUUAUUAGCCAAAUACUGUGACUCAGUCCUCAAGAAGAGCACAAAGAACUUGUGUGAUUCAGAAUUAGAAGAGAAAUUAAGUCAAGUGAUAAUUARCUUCAAAUACAUAGAUGACAAAGAUAUAUUUCAGAAGUUUUAUUCUAAAAUGUUGGCAAAAAGAUUGAUUCACAAUUUGUCAGUCUCCAUGGAUGCUGAAGAAGCCAUGAUUAGCAGAUUGAAGCAUGCAUGUGGGUACGAGUACACCAACAGGCUGCACAGGAUGUUUACCGACAUGAGUAUCAGUUCAGACCUGAACUCUAGCUUCAGUGAUUACUUAUCUAAUCUAAAUGUUGACCUCGGAAUCAGCUUUUCGUUGUUGGUGUUACAGUCUGGUGCUUGGCCUCUUGGUCAGACAUCAGUUUCACCCAUUGCGAUUCCAGAAGAGUUGAUCAGAUCAGUCCAAAUGUUCGAACAAUUUUAUAAUGGUAGAUUCAAUGGUCGUAAGCUCACAUGGUUACAGCAUUUAUCAAAUGGUGAAAUAAAAGUUAACGAUUUCAAACGACCUCUAAUAUUGACUGUUUCAACAUAUCAAAUGGUAGUACUGCUUCUCUUUAAUCACCGAACUAUUAUUACAUACAGUGAAAUUGAAGCUCAAACCCAGCUUAUUGACAAAGAACUUAUAAGAAUUAUACAAUCUCUACUUGAUGUCAAGUUGCUUGGAAAGUCAGAGGGUGAAGAUUUGAAUAACUGUUCAUUUUGGAUAAACACAAAUUUUACAAGUAAACGGACAAAGUUGAAGAUUACUUCUGCUGUGCAGAGAGAAGCACCUCAGGAAUCAGAACAAACUUUAGUUUCAGUUGAUGAGGAUAGAAAGAUGUAUCUGCAGGCUGCAAUUGUUAGGAUAAUGAAGUCGAGGAAAGUUUUGAAACAUAACUCAUUAAUGCAAGAGGUUAUUAGCCAGUCUAAGGCACGGUUUACUCCAAAUAUUCCAAUGAUUAAGAAAUGUAUAGAAGCACUGAUUGAUAAGCAGUAUCUAGAACGAAAGGAAGGCUCCAAGGACGAAUACACUUAUGUGGCCUAAUGAUGUGUCAUCUGAUAUUCUGACUAAUGUUCAGCAGUAGCUGAACUCUAGAAUUUUUUAAAAUACAGUUUGAAAUACCUGUAAAGUGUAACAAAACAAUGUAAGUUUUCUUAUUCACUACCUCUCCUAUAUUACCUUGCUGUAUUAUACAUAGAAGCUGCAAUGACAGUUAAGACCGGGUAAUGCAGCACUCAAUGGAGGAACUUAGCUAUUGUCAUUCAUUUGCUAGAAAAUUUCGAAUAUCUCAUCAUUAUGUUAAAUAAAUACUAAUGUCUUGUGUUAU